AUGACGAUGCGAGUAGGCAAUCGAGUGGAGGUAUUCAAUGUAUAUAAAACACUCAGAUUACUAGCCCAAUAUGAAGAGCUAUUCAUGAUUUCUGUGAUGGAAGGUGAUGCUACAUCAGUAGUGCCUUAUAUGAGCCCUAUAGAUCCUCUUGAACGAGCUUUGAUUGGGGAUGAAGAAGACAUCGAAGAUGAAAUGAUGGGAGAAAUUGAGCAAGUACUUGAUAUGUCCUCCAAUUAUUUCCAUGGGUUUGGAAAAUUUGAGGAGUUGGACAGGCCUGUCACUCUGACCCCUCCUAAGCCAUCUAUUGAAGAAGCUCCAAAGCUAGAACUUAAGCCCCUAUCAGUGCAUCUGCACUAUGCUUAUUUGGGGAACUCUAAGAUAUUGCUCGUGAUUAUCUCAUCCAGCUUAACUAACACACAAGAAGAAAAAUUGCUCAGAGUACUUCGCGAGCAUAAAAAGGCUAUUGGGUGGACAAUUGUUGACAUCAAGGGAAUCAUUCCAUCGUUUUGCAUGCAUAAAAUCUUCUUGGAAGAUGGACACCGCCUUAGUGUUGAGCAGCAAAGGAGGUUAAAUCCCAUUAUGAAGGAGGUCGUGAAAAAGGAAGUAAUUAAGUUGCUCGAUGCAGGUAUCAUCUUUCCUAUUUCUGACAGCAACUGGGUAAGCCCAGUUCAAUGUGUGCCCAAAAAAGGGGGGAUGACUGUGAUUGCGAAUAAGAAAAAUGAUCUAAUUCCUACUCGCACUGUAAUGGGGUGGAGAGUCUGCAUCGAUUAUAGAAGGCUCAACAAAGCAACCUGUAAGGACCACUUUCCACUUCCAUUCAUUGACCAAAUAUUGGACAGAUUAGUGGGGCAUGAAUAUUAUUGCUUCCUUGAUGAAUUUGAGCAAGGUAUUGGCCCGUUGCAAAGAAACAAAUCUGGUAUUGAAUUGGGAAAAAUGCCAUUUUAUGGUGCAGGAAGGCAUCGUGUUGGGUUGCUUGAAAAAGAUGUAACUUUCAAUUUUGAUGACGCCUGCCUCAAGGCAUUUGAAGAACUCAAAAAGAAUUUGGUGGCUGCUCCCAUUAUUGUGGCACCAGAUUGGUCCUUACCAUUUGAUCUUAUGUGUGAUGCGAGUGACCAUGCUAUUGGGGCAGUGCUAGGCCAGAGGAAAGACAGGGUGUUUUAUUUCAUUUACUAUGAGAGUAAGACUCUUGAUGAUGCACAACUGAAUUACACCACCACUGAAAAGGAGUUGUUAGCCAUUGUGUGGGCCUUUGAGAAAUUUCGGGAAUUUGAUGUAGAAAUACGAGAUCAAAAGGGCAUAGAGAACAAAGUAGCUGACCAUCUAUCAAGGCUGGAAAGUCACGACCACGUGGAGGAGGGUGGCCAAAUUAAAGAAGUAUUUCCCGAUGAGCAUCUUUUUGCUAUCACCCAAGACCCUCCCCCAUGGUACGCAGACUAUGUGAAUUAUCUUGUGAGUGGGGAGGUAGAAUUAGUGUUGUAUGAUUGUCACACAUCACCUUAUGGGGGCCAUCAUGGAGGAGAUAGAACAGCUGCAAAGGUAUUACAAUCCGGUUUCUUUUGGCCAACUUUAUUCAAGGAUGCCCAUGUAUUUGUUAAGAAGUGUGGCCAGUGUCAGAUAAUAGCAACAAUCACUAGGAGGCAUGAGAUGCCUUUGAAUAACAUCCUGGAGGUUGAGCUUUUUGAUGUAUGGGGGAUAAAUUUUAUGGGACCAUUCCCAUUGUCCAGGGGAAAAAAAUACAUUUUUCUAGCAGUUGACUACAUGUCAAAAUGGGUAGACGCGAUCGCAUUGUCAGCAAAUGAUGCCAUGGUGGUAGCUGCGUUUGUGAAAAAGAACAUAUUUUUGAGGUUUGGGACUCCACGUGCUUUGAUUAGUGAUGAAGGGACACACUUUUGUAAUCGGUUGUUGAAUAACCUUCUAGCUAAAUAUGGAGUCCGCCAUAGAGUUACGACAGCAUAUCAUCCUCAAACAAGUGGACAAGUUGAGGUGUCUAAUAGAGAAAUAAAGCAAAUCUUAGAGAAGACGGUGAGUGUGAAUAGAAAAGAUUGGGCUACAAAGUUAGAUGAUGCCUUGUGGGCAUAUAGAACUGCAUACAAAAUGCCAAUUGGGGCGUCGCCGUAUAGGCUAGUUUAUGGGAAGGCAUGUCACUUGCAUGUUGAACUUGAACAGAAAGCAUAUUGGGCCAUUAAGAAGUUAAAUAUGAACCUUGAAGCCGCGGGCGAGAAAAGACCUUUGCAGUUGAAUGAGUUAGAUGAGUUUAUGCUGCACUCUUAUGAAAAUGCUAAGCUUUACAAAGAAGAGACAAAAAGAUGGUAUGACAAGCAUAUCAAGUCGCGUCACUUCGAGCCAGGCCAACAGGUAUUAUUGUUCAAUUCUAGACUAAAGCUAUUUCCUGGGAAGUUAAAAUCGAGAUGGUCAGGCCCGUUUGAGGUAGUGAGAGUAACUCCUUAUGGUGCAAUUGAGCUGCGGGAUUUGAAUGGUGAAAGAAAAUUUUUGGUGAAUGGACAAAGAGUAAAGCAUUAUUGGGGAGGAAUAAUUGAUCGUGAGAAGACCAAGGUUGUAGUCGCUGAUGAGUAA